AUGGAACUACCCAGAGAGAUCAUAGGAAUUGACACCCAACAAAAGGAUAACACCAACGUUGACCCGACAACUGAAUUCAUGGAAAUCCUAGAUCCAACAAAAGGAAUCAUGAACGAUAACACCAAAGUAACUCUAUCAAAAAGAAUCUUAAAAAUUGAAAAAUUCAACUUUGAAAUAAAAAAAGGCAAACAAGGUAGCUACGGAGUUCUAAGAUCAUUUCAAGAGAUAACCGAUAGGUUUGAAGGUUUCAUAAAAGAACAAGCUGCGAUGUCUCAGGAAUCUACUCAAGAAAUCAUGGAUCCUGAAAUAGAAAAAUCGUCAUUUGACGAAAUCAAUGUUUCGCCAAAUAAAAAAUCUAAAAAAUAUCAUGAUAAAACGUGUAAACAUGAAUAG